AUGGGUUCUCUUGGUAGCACUCCCCCUUUCCGUGUCCUGGACGACACUCGUCCGGACGACACGACCCUUCCAGCCUUUAUGGUGUCCACGACAAGGGGAUUUCUUCCUCGAAUGGACCCUAUCGUGACCCUGCCAAAGGAGUUUGAUGCCUUUGAGGAUAUCCUCCAACGGAUGCCUGUCACGACGGCCUCAGGGGAACCUGGUCUACUUGCCCAGUACAAGCUCGGCGAGGUGGUUGAUAACGAGCUACCCAACCUGACCGAAGCCGUCGACUUGUACAAGGAUAACCUCCCCCUUCAGAAUGCCUUGUACCGUGACUACUCAUUCCUUGCAUCGGCCUACUUGCUUGAGCCUUGUCAUCACCGGUUCAUCAAGGGCGAGCCCUAUGGCCUUGGUCGACAGGUCUUGCCUGCCCAGAUCGCGCAUCCUAUCGCUCGAUGUGCUGAGAUCUGUGGCUUCAAGCCCUUCAUGGAGUAUGCUGGCUCAUACGCCCUGUUCAACUACCGCCUGGUCGACCCUGCUGCCGGCAUGGAGUACUCCAACCUUCGGUUGAUCAGAGCCUUUGAGAAUGGCCUGAACCCUACUUCAUCAGAGGCCGGCUUCGUCCUCGUGCACAUUGACAUGGUCAAGAACUCCGGCCCAUUGGUGGGGGGGACCGUCAAGGCGCUGGAUGCUGCCUCUGACACCUCCAACACCAACCCCGUAGCACGACGCACCAACUUUAAUGAGGGCAUGUCGAUGAUCCUAGGUGCUCUGACGAAGAUCAACAGCGUCAUGGAGACUAUGUGGUCCAAGUCGAAGCCGAUGGAGUACACCAGCUUCCGUACCUUCAUCUUCGGCAUCACGUCGCAGUCUAUGUUCCCCGACGGCGUGGUGUACGAGGGCAUCAACGACAACAAGCCCAUGUCCUUCCGCGGCGAGAGCGGCGCCAACGACUCCAUCGUGCCGCUCAUGGACAACCUCCUCCAGGUUCCCAUGCCCAACACGCCACUGACGGAGAUCCUGCGCGACUUCCGCGAGUACCGGCCCAGCAACCACAAGGGCUUCCUGCUGCACGUCAAGGAGCGCUCGCUGGAGCUGGACCUGAAGAACUACGCGCUGGGCCGCCACUCUAUCAACGGGUCCGACGAGGAGCGUGACCUGCGCCGCGAGUCCAUCAGCUUGUGGCUGCAGAUCCUCAACCAGGUGCGCGACUUCCGCUGGCGCCACUGGUGCUUUGCGCGCGAGUACAUCCUGAAGCGCACGUCGCACCCGACUGCCACGGGCGGCAGCCCCAUUGUGACCUGGCUGCCCAACCAACUGGAGGCGGUGCUAAAAGAGAUGGUCAGCGUCGACGGGGCGGGCAAGACGGCCGACUCUCGUGGGUUGGGCAAGGUGUGCGAGGAUAUCAUGGAUGCGGCUCUGCGGCAGCAGGAAACGCUGCGCAAGGAAGUGGACAAGUACUGUGCAGAGCGGGGAGUCACUCGGCCGUAA